ACAGGGCUAUAGAAUAUAGAGGUCAUAACAGGGUUACUGUAGUAUAUAGGACUAUAGAAUAUAGAGGUCAACUGGUCAUGACAGGGCUAGAGAAUAUAGAGGUCGUGACAGGGCUAGAGAAUAUAGAGGUCGUGACAGGGCUAGAGAAUAUAGAGGUCGUGACAGGGCUAGAAAAUAUAGAGGUCGUGACAGGGCUAGAGAAUAUAGAGGUCGUGACAGGGCUUCUGGAGAAUAUAGAGGUCGUGACAGGGCUUCUGGAGAAUAUAGAGGUCGUGACAGGGCUUCUGGAGAAUAUAGAGGUCGUGACAGGGCUUCUGGAGAAUAUAGAGGUCGUGACAGGGCUUCUGGAGAAUAUAGAGGUCGUGACAGGGCUUCUGGAGAAUAUAGAGGUCGUGACAGGGCUUCUGGAGAAUAUAGAGGUCGUGACAGGGCUUCUGGAGAAUAUAGAGGUCGUGACAGGGCUUCUGGAGAAUAUAGAGGUCGUGACAGGGCUUCUGGAGAAUAUAGAGGUCGUGACAGGGCUUCUGGAGAAUAUAGAGGUCGUGACAGGGCUUCUGGAGAAUAUAGAGGUCGUGACAGGGCUUCUGGAGAAUAUAGAGGUCGUGACAGGGCUUCUGGAGAAUAUAGAGGUCGUGACAGGGCUUCUGGAGAAUAUAGAGGUCGUGACAGGGCUUCUGGAGAAUAUAGAGGUCGUGACAGGGCUUCUGGAGAAUAUAGAGGUCGUGACAGGGCUUCUGGAGAAUAUAGAGGUCGUGACAGGGCUUCUGGAGAAUAUAGAGGUCGUGACAGGGCUUCUGGAGAAUAUAGAGGUCGUGACAGGGCUUCUGGAGAAUAUAGAGGUCGUGACAGGGCUUCUGGAGAAUAUAGAGGUCGUGACAGGGCUUCUGGAGAAUAUAGAGGUCGUGACAGGGCUUCUGGAGAAUAUAGAGGUCGUGACAGGGCUUCUGGAGAAUAUAGAGGUCGUGACAGGGCUUCUGGAGAAUAUAGAGGUCGUGACAGGGCUUCUGGAGAAUAUAGAGGUCGUGACAGGGCUUCUGGAGAAUAUAGAGGUCGUGACAGGGCUUCUGGAGAAUAUAGAGGUCGUGACAGGGCUUCUGGAGAAUAUAGAGGUCGUGACAGGGCUUCUGGAGAAUAUAGAGGUCGUGACAGGGCUUCUGGAGAAUAUAGAGGUCGUGACAGGGCUUCUGGAGAAUAUAGAGGUCGUGACAGGGCUUCUGGAGAAUAUAGAGGUCGUGACAGGGCUUCUGGAGAAUAUAGAGGUCGUGACAGGGCUUCUGGAGAAUAUAGAGGUCAACUGGUCAUAACAGGGCUAUAGAAUAUAGAGGUCGUGACAGGGCUGCUGGAGAAUAUAGAGGUCGUGACAGGGCUGCUGGAGAAUAUAGAGGUCAACUGGUCAUAACAGGGUUAAUGUAGAAUACAGGACUAUAGGAUAUAGAGGUCAUAACAGGGUUACUGUAGUAUAUAGGACUAUAGAAUAUAGAGGUCAACUGGUCAUAACAGGGCUAUAGAAUAUAGAGGUCAUAACAGGGUUACUGUAGAAUACAGGACUAUAGAAUAUAGAGGUCAUAACAGGGCUAUAGAAUAGUGGUCAUAACAGGGCUAUAGAAUAGUGGUCAUAACAGGAAUAUAGAAUAGUGGUCAUAACAGGACUAUAGAAUAGUGGUCAUAACAGGACUAUAGAAUAGUGGUCAUAACAGGACUAUAGAAUAGUGGUCAU